GCUUCACCCUCAAGGAUGUGCCGCUCAAAGAUGACGACUCAGGUGGCGGCGGAAGUGAGGGCGAGGGCGGGGGGCGGGCUUGGGGGCGGCGGCGGGGGCGGGAUGGGCGGCCAAGACUACCGCACAGUCUUCCUCAACGAGCCGCAGCCCUUCAAGUACGUUUCCAACGCCAUCUGCACCGCCAAAUACCGCUACAAGCUUCUCUUCUUCCUGCCCAUGUUUCUGUUUGAGCAGUUCCGCCGCUACGCCAAUAUUUUCUUCCUCAUCAUCGCCUUGCUGCAGCAAAUCCCAGGAGUGUCACCGACUGGCCGCUACACAACACUGGUGCCCCUCAUCUGCAUCCUAGUGGUGUCGGCCAUCAAGGAGAUUGCUGAGGAUAUUAAACGGCACCGGGCAGAUGACGAGUUGAACAAGAGGGAGAUAGAGGUGCUGAAGGAUGGACAGUGGCAGUGGAUCAAGUGGCGCCACAUACAGGUGGGGGACAUCGUUAAGGUGCGCAACAACAAGUUUUUUCCCGCCGACCUGGUCCUCCUCGCCUCCAGUGAACCACAAGCCCUGUGCUACGUGGAGACAGCUAACCUGGAUGGCGAGACCAACCUCAAGAUCCGCCAGGGCCUGCCCCAGACAUCCCACCUGCUGGAAGCGCGGGACCUCAUGAGCCUGUCGGGCAAGGUGGAGUGUGAGGCGCCCAACCGCUUCCUCUACCAGUUCACUGGCAACCUCAAGGAGACCAGCCGACCGACUGUGCCAUUGUGCCCAGAUCAAGUGCUGCUGCGUGGUGCCAAGCUACAGAAUACCAACUGGGUCUUUGGGUUGGUCAUCUACACAGGCCAUGAGACAAAGCUUAUGAAGAACUCUGCUACCUCAGCACCUCUCAAACGCUCCACGGUGGACAGGCAGACAAACAACCUGAUCAUCCUGCUGUUUUUCCUGCUCAUCGUGUUGUGCCUCAUUAUGGCCGUGUGCAACUCACAGUGGCCGGCCGAGCUCCACUGGUACCUCUCCCUGGAUGAUCUGAGUGUGUUCAACUUUGGGAUCAACUUCAUUACGUUUAUCAUUCUCUUCAACAACCUGAUCCCCAUUUCCCUGCAGGUGACCUUAGAAGUCGUCAGAUUCAUACAGGCUGGCUUCAUCAACAAUGAUAUCAACAUGCUGUAUGAGGAGAACAACAUCUGGGCCAUGGCGAGGACCUCCAACCUGAAUGAGGAGCUUGGGAUGGUCAAGUACGUGCUCUCCGACAAGACAGGAACACUCACCUGCAACAUUAUGGAGUUCAAGCGAUGCAGUGUUGGAGGCAAUGUUUACAGUAUGAGUGAUGGGAGCUCUCCCUGUCGCAGCGUGCAGGACCUGAUAGUACUGGUGGAGAGUGGCGGGCCAGGCUCUGACAUGGCUCGGCAGUUUCUCAUCAUGCUUGCUGUCUGCCACACUGUCAUCCCGGACAGAGAUGAGGGCCGGCCUGACAGUGCCAUCAAGUACCAUGCUGCCUCACCCGAUGAACGAGCAUUGGUGGAGGGUGCACAGAAACUUGGCUUUGUGUUUGAGACUCGCACACCGGACUGCGUUGUGGUGGACGUGCUGGGAACAAAGGAGCGCUACGAGGUGCUCAACGUGCUGGAGUUCACCUCGGCACGCAAACGUAUGAGUGUGAUUGUCAAGACUCCGGAUGGCCAGAUCAAGCUGUACUGCAAGGGUGCUGACACGGUGAUCUACGAGCGCCUUGGGGACAGCCAGCAAUUCAGGGAUGUCAUUGUGAGGCAUCUUGAGGACUUUGCUGGCGAGGGACUGAGGACACUGUGCUAUGCCACAGCUGACAUAUCACAAGAGUUUUAUGAUAAAUGGAAGAACAUCUAUCACAAGGCAAGCACUGCACUACAGUUCCGCGAGAAGAAGCUGGAGGACGCAGCACAACUCAUCGAGAACAACCUGACACUGCUCGGAGCCACAGCCAUUGAAGACAAGCUCCAGGAUGAGGUUCCAGAGACCAUAGCAUCCCUCCUGAAGGCUGGAAUCCACGUGUGGGUGCUGACCGGAGACAAGCAGGAGACAGCCAUCAACAUUGGCCACUCCUGUCACCUGCUGAACCAAGGGAUGCCACUCAUCAUCCUCAACACCGACUCCCUGGAUGAGACGCGGGACACCAUCAACCGCCACGUGGUGGAGUUUGGGGAGCAGCUGAAGCGAGAGAAUGAGGCAGCCCUGAUCAUCGAUGGCAAGACCCUGAUCUACGCCCUCACACCAGACCUGCGCAAGGACUUCCUCGACCUGUGUAUCUCCUGCAAGAGUGUCAUCUGUUGUAGGGUGUCUCCAAGCCAGAAGGCUGAGGUGGUGGAACUCUUGACGAGGGAGACGGGAUCAGUCACGCUGGCAAUUGGUGAUGGUGCCAAUGAUGUCGCCAUGAUUCAGAAAGCCAAUGUGGGUGUGGGCAUUGCUGGCUUGGAGGGUCUUCAGGCUGCCUGUGCCUCAGACUAUGCCAUCGGCCAGUUCCGAUUUCUGGCAAGAUUACUGUUCGUUCAUGGCGCGUGGAACUACAGUCGCUUGUGUAAAGUGAUCUUAUAUAGCUUUUACAAAAAUAUCUGCCUGUACGUCAUUGAGCUGUGGUGGGCGGCGAUGUCAGGCUGGUCAGGGCAGGUGUUGUUUGAACGGUGGAGCAUCGCCAUGUACAAUGUGCUGUUCACUGCCGCCCCACCGCUGGUCAUGGGCAUCUUUGACCGUUCCUGCAGUGCUGAAACUCGAAUGAAGUACCCUGAGUUAUACCGAGAGUCCCAGAGCGGCUCGCACUUCAACUGGAAGGUGUUUUUGUGGUGGGUGUGGCUGGCGCUGGUCCACUCGGUGCUGGUGUUCGUGCUGCCGUACUUCAGCAUGACGCAGGACGUGGCGUGGGGCCAUGGCAGGGUGGGCGGCUACCUCAUGGUGGGCAACAUGGUGUACACUUAUGUGGUCAUCACUGUCUGCCUCAAGGCCGGCCUGGAGACAGACGCCUGGACCUGGGUCACUCACCUUGCCAUCUGGGGCUCCAUCGCAUCCUGGUUCAUCUUCCUUCUUGUGUACUCCAACUUCUGGCCAGUGUUGCCCAUGGCUCCUGACAUGGCUGGCAUCUACCUGCAGGUGUAUUCCUCCCCGGUGUUCUGGUUCGGAGUGAUCCUCAUCCCCCUGUCCUGUCUCCUGCUGGAUGUCACCACCAAGACGAUGCAAAACUCAGUCCGCAAGAGCUUAACAGAGCAAGUGAGAGAGAGUGAAAUAAGCAACAAGGACGUAUCCAAAGUCUUAGACACCAAGCACAGGCUAAGUGAGACAGCUCGCCUACUGAAGAAUGUGUUCCGUCGCACCACCACGCGUGUCAACCUGGAAGUAGAGCUUGCCCAUGGGUACGCCUUCUCACAAGAGGAACACGGGGUUAUGGGCCAAUCUGAGGUGAUCCGCUUCUACGACACAACACAGCCCAAGCCCGGCGGCAUGUAAGGGCCGCUGCUGUCACCCUUGAAUCACCUUCGCGCUGCAUCAUGGUGUAGAAGAUUAGCACAUGCAGACUCCCAGCACCAAGGACCCUUGUUUCUUGUAGCUUGUUUCACAGCAUCUAUGUCAUUUGACCCACAAUUUAUGACUUUGAAAUGUACUGUAUUGCAUGUCUUGAGUUUAAGAUCCAGGGUACAUUAAGGAAAGAUAUUUUUUAGCCAUAAAUUGCUGGAAAAAUAACAUAAAACAGCCACAAAAGGGAAGACACACCAGCAGGACUGUCACUACCUGCACCAGCACUGAGCUGCACUUGUUCAGAAUGCAUCAGGAAACUGUGUAUGCCUAGAUUAAGUCCUUCAGUUUGGAAGAGUGUGACAUGUGUGUUUGUUAAUAGUGUUCAUCCUACAACCGGUCUAGAUGUGGGCGAAGUGUGUGAUCUCUGGAGCAGCCUUCGGGAGGUGGUCAUUGCAGGCACUUCCUGGCAGUUGUGUGAUAACAAACUGAUGAUACUAAUGAUUAUUGUUUAUUAAUAUAAUCAUAAGGAACUCACCUUGCACUUAUCACUUGAAUGCUACUUUGUGAAAUAUUGCUUAUCUCAAAUACUCUGAGGGAGGAGGGCCAUGUGUACUCAGGUCAGACACAGAUGUCAAUAGAGGACCCAAGUGUUGGUCGGCGAGAUGUGAUGCCCAUGAAUCUCAGUGACAGAAAGAGUGCAGUGUUUGUAAGGGAUGGCAUUUUGUGGGAACUGAAGGCCUGGCAGUGUUGUAAAGUGAAAGUUGUCUACAGGAGAGUCACAAUUUCAUGCAUGAGUUGUGUUCUGUAAAGACUUUUUUGUAGGGAGGAAGAAAAAUGUGAAUUGAAACAACCAUCGAUUUAGGAUUUUUAUUGAUUUUUCAGUGUUCAUUAAGUAUAUUACUAUUUUAUCUAUAAGUACAAAUUGUGUAUUUAUGAAUCAGGACAAAGAACUAAAUUAUUUUUUAUAAGUUUAGAGUAUAAAGUGGAUAUUCAUAAAUUGAAAUGUCUGUACUGUACAGAGAGAGAGAGAGAGAGAGAGAUGCAAGUAGUACAGAAAGUGUCAUAAUAUUACUUCUUGAGGAGAGUGAGGUGACAUGUUCAGUGCUGUACCUUUCACCCUUCUGGUAACUUCUCUCCACCACCAGCUUCUUGCCACCCUCCAUCGCCACCACUACCACCUCAUCUUUACACCAGGAAACACAACAUAAUGAGUAGCAUAAAUGACAAAAGACAGUAUAUAUUGAAUUCCUCUCAUAAUGACUCAUUUAAUGAAUCAAAAUUUAUGAAAAAUGUAGGACCAAGAAAGGGAAUAAGUAAAGAUUCAGAUCAAAAUUCAAUCUGAUAUGAUAAAAAGGAAUGGGGAACUGAGGGUUUAAAGAGGAAAGUCAAAAGAGCAAGACAGUGGGAAUCAAGAGUUUGAAGAGGAGAGUCAUAGUUCUUCUCUAAAUAAAGAAAAGAAGGGACUAUCACAUUAAGAGGAGACAGGUGAUGUAUGCAAGAAGACAACCUCCUGUGGAAUGGGAAGAUGAUGCUGGAAUAUGAUAUAAGAGAAAGGAGUUAAAGUACAGUUAAAGAAUUAAGGAGUAGACUGAGAGAAUUAGAGUGUGCAAAGAAGAAUUGCCAGAUGACCUGUGAAAUGGGAAGACUGUGCUGGAACAUGUGAGAAAAAGUUGAAUAUACCAUGAGGGAAUAAAGGAGUAGAGAGAAAGUAUUAGAGAGUGCAGUGAAGGAAUGUGAGAGUAAGAAUGAAUGGAGACAUCUACAACAACUCUUCUGCUGGAGAAUAAUGAUAAUAAUGGUGGAUGAUUGUUUAUGGUGCAUGAUGGUGGUGGUAGUGGUAGUAAUGAUGGUGAUGAAGCUUACUGUUUACCUUGAAGUGUUACCUGAGUACAAAUGGUGGUCAUGACCUCAGACAUAUUAAAAAGACAUUAUCUAGUCCAUUAAUACUUGCUCAUGUAUACAUAUAUAUACUUAUUAAGUUUUAAUUCAUGGUGGCAAAAUAUUUAUAGCUUGAAAAAUACAAAUUCUGCAGUCAGUAUCUUGAAACUUCUGUAUUAUUAUUGUUUAUUUAUUAUUUUGUCUCUGUUUUAUUGGUGCUGGUCUGUUUAAGGACCAUGAGCACCUUCCUGGUGACCCACCAUCCCAAUACUUAUUCAUAAUACUGAUGCCCUUGAGUCAGAAGUAUUUGUGUUCAGUAGAAGUGUAAGUGUGGAUGUCUGACGGGGAUCCAAGGAACGCAGUGCUGAGGCUCACUGAACAAUUAUCAGCUUUAAUCAAUCCCAGGACACACACACACACACACACACACACACACACACACACACACACACACACACACACACACACACACACACACACACACACACACACACACACACACACACACACACACACACACACACACACACACACAGUGGUAUGCUAGGUGACACAUGCUUGGCAAGUGCUUCCGCCAAGUUGCAGUUAAAAAACGGCUCCUGAAACUGAUCUUAUAAAUUUCCUGCCAGUGCAAUCAUACACUUCUAGUUUCACCGCUGCUACAUCCCUUGUGUUUCUAACGCUGCCACCACUGCUGUUGCCACCCUUGCCGAGAGGGUAGAGUGCAAAGCACUCUGGGCUGCCACAAGGCUGACACCCCCUAGUGGUGUUGUACAGCAAGGCAGAGGACGUGUGAGGCGAGUUCUCCAAGCACCAGUGCAGUCCAUCCUUAAGUUAGUUACAAUGUGGCCGAUGUCGGCAGCUGUCCUGCCUGUUUGAGCUCGGCUCCCGAACUGGUCUAGGAGGAAUCUUGAGACAAGGGACGUUGGCUGAACUGUUCAUAAUAGACAGUGCUUCUGUACAACAAACAUUAUUAAUCUAACUUAUUUUUUUCCGUAAAGCAUGGUUUUGUAUGACACCUCUGUCGUGUAUGAGUGGCCAAUGUUUGGCACUGUCAUGUUCUCAGACUGUCGGGUCCUUACCCAGAGUCUCCUUCCCUCCACCCCAGUGAGAGCAAAGCAUUUGGGAAUGAGCCGCUGUGAGGCUCCUGCAGCACCAGUUCAUUGCCUGAACUGUAUACUACAUACUUAAAUUAUCUUUAUGUUCAGUGGUACAUUGUCGUAGAGUUUGUCCCAGUUGCUGUGGCAUCACAAGGUGAUAAAAAUGAACGUAGACUUUAUGAACACUGUUAAAAAUGAACCUGAAUUGUGCUUGAAAAGUGUGUAAUCUGUCUGUGUGUGUUGCACUUUGUUGCUGCUGGCCCGGGGUGCGGCGGGGGCUGCCGCUGAGCAGGUUGACUCAGUGCCUGGGACGAGUAAUGUUAUCACAAGAUCUGAGAGACUUUUAAAACUAUCAUUAAAGGUUUUUAAAAGUCUGGUGGAGGCCAUUUCUCUGAAGUGCUUAUAUAGUAAUGGAGAUACUAUAUACAAAUAAAUAGAAAGCUUUAUAAAUGAAAUCCUUAUAAAUGCUUGUUUAUAUUUGAAACAUAUAUAAAAGUUUUAUUUUUGAAGCGUCUGUUUUAGGUUAGGUCCGUUUAAGUUAAGUCAGUACGUGUCCUUCGUGUAUUCCUGUACCCACUGCUUUGUGCCGAGAGACUGUGGCCUGACACCAGCAGCAGCACUUGAGGGCCAGCGCCGGUGCCGUGUGUCCAGAGUUGGUGUUGUCUUGUGGUGUGUUGUGGUGUGAUGUGCUGUCUGCCGGCCACUAACUGUGUCAGCCAUCAUGGUCCUGGUGACUGGCGGCACUGUGGCACUGUUGACUGGUGGUACUGUGGCACUUGACCGGUGGCACUGUGGUACCAUUGAGUGGUGGCACUGUGGUACCAUUGACUGGUGGUAUUGUGGUACUGGUUAUUAGUGGCACCAUGACUGGCCAUCAGUGCUCAGUGAGGUCAAUGAUGGCACGGUGGCCCCUGUGCCAGUGCCCAGCAGGUCCUCUCCUCAGAGGUGCAUGAGGCACAGUCCAGGCUGCCAGUGGGGUGGGGCACCGAGGGCACGGCACCAGGCUCGGGGUGAGGUGAGGGUGGCGGUGCCAGGAAGACAGGGGAGACGAGGGUGCCGACACGGCUCGCCUGCACCCCAGACCGCCGCCGCUGCCCUGUGUGACAAGUUAUCCGCAAGUCUGCCAACAUGUACAGUGCUCUUUAUUUCCCUCUUUCUUGCUGUUCCGUGUGUGUGCCGUGUACGUGUCUGUAUGUUUGUAUGUAAGACAGUUUCUCGUGAUUCACUGUCUGUGUCUUUCACGCGGCCCGGGUGAGGCAAGGAAUCCUUUAUCUUUGAUAUUACACCAAGCAGGGCGCGGGGCUCCUGGGUCCCGUGCAAAGAUAAUAUAUCCUAAAAUAGAUGUAAAAAUAAAGGCUUCUCAUAUUAAA